AUGGCUCCAAUGGCUUUAAGAGACGGUAAUAAGCUGAAAAAGCUCGUUAAUAAUGGCCCCUUAUUAGUAUCAAGAAUCAUUGAUACUGAAAAAGCUCCUCAACCAGCAGAAGCAAUUGCCAUUGAAAGAAGUCAAACUAAUUUUGAUCCCGUUAAAAUGCAUCAAUUCUUAGAAGGUUCAGUUGAAAAAUCAGAUUUAGUAUUGAGUCUCUUUAAAUCAAUUGAAAGAGAUACUUUCUUACAAACAAGUCCUGAACAUUAUGAUAUGGGUUAUAAAGAUGAAAGAGCUUUGGUGGCUCAAAGAAUCGAUAGAAUGGCAAGAUACUUGGAAUUAGAAGAUCCUAAGAAAUUCUGGAGACGUUUGAAUUUAAUGACAGUUAUUGAUCCAUCUAUGGGGAUUAGAAUUAGUGUUAAUUUAGGUCUUUUCUUACAUUGUAUUAAAGGUAAUGGUACCGAUGAACAAUUCAAUUAUUGGGCUAAAUACAGAGAAGCUGGUUCUAUCAAACAAUUAUAUGGUUGUUUUGGUAUGACUGAAUUAGGUCAUGGUUCAAAUGUCGCUGGGUGUGAAACCACUGCCACUUUGGAUAUUGAAAAAGAUGAAUUCAUCAUUGAUACUCCAAAUAUUAGUGCCACUAAAUGGUGGAUUGGUGGUGCUGCUCAUUCAGCUACUCAUACUGUAUGUUAUGCUCGUUUGAUUGUUAAAGGUAAAGAUUAUGGAGUUAAAACUUUUGUAGUUCCAUUAAGAGAUUCUCAACAUAAUUUAUUACCUGGUAUUGCUAUUGGUGAUAUUGGAGCUAAAAUGGGUAGACAAGGGGUUGAUAAUGGUUGGAUUCAAUUCACUGAGGUUCGCAUUCCUCGUUAUUUCAUGUUACAAAAAUGGUGUAAAGUUGAUAAAUUCGGUAAUGUGGUAUUACCUCCAUUAGAACAAUUAUCUUAUAUUAGUUUAUUAGGUGGUAGAGUUUCAAUGGCAAAUGAUUCUUAUAGAAUUGGUGCUAGAUUCGUUACCAUUGCUUUAAGAUAUGCUGUUGGUAGAAGACAAUUUAAAAAGAAUCCAUCUGAUGAAUUGGAAUCAAAAUUAUUAGAUUAUCCUUUACAUCAAAGAAGAUUAAUUCCUUUAUUGGCUUUAACUUAUGCAAUGGGGUUAGGAACCGAUAAAUUAGAAAAACAACAUGAAGUGAUCUUGGAUGAAUUAGAAAGAGCUAUCAGAGCUGAUAGUAAAGAACUCAUUAAUAAAUCAAUUAUUGAUACCAAAGCAUUAUUCAUUGAUUCUGGGUCUUUGAAAUCAACCUUAACUUGGUUAGCUGCUGAUUUGAUUAAUGAAACCAGACAAUCUUGUGGUGGUCAUGGUUACUCUUCUUAUAAUGGUUUUGGUAAAGCUUAUAAUGAUUGGGUUGUUCAAUGUACUUGGGAAGGUGAUAAUAAUGUCUUGGGUAUGUCAGUUGGUAAGACUUUAGUGAAGAAUAUUCAGCAAAUCUUAGACAAAAAGAAACCUAUUAAUACUCCUUCGUUAUUAUUUUUAAAUGAAGCUCCUCAAUGGGUUCAUCAAAAAGAUAUAAUAAUUGCAACCAGAAGAGAUGUUGAGAAUUUAGAUAAAGUUAAAUUAGCUGUUAAAGUGGCUGUUAUUAAAUUUGCUGCUUUAUUAUUAGAUCAAUUAAAAGCUUACAAGGGAAAUUGGGAUUUACUUAGUCAUGACAGAGUUCAAUUAUCUAAAUUAAGAUGUCACUACUAUUUAUUAGAAACAUUUAUUGAAAGGAUUGAUUCUAAUACCGAUCAUGCUUUAACUUCACAUUUAGCUAAUUUACUUAAAUUAUACUAUGUUACUCAAAUAUUUACCCCAUUUGCAGCCGAUUUCAUUAGAUUCAAAUUAAUUGAUCCAGAAGUUGCCUCAUAUUUGACUCUUGAAUUCACUCCCCAAUUAGAUUUGGCUAUCAGACCUUAUGUUAUUGGUUUAACUGAUUCGUUUCAACAACCAGAUAAUUUCAUCAAUUCCUUGAUUGGUAAAUAUGAUGGUAAUAUUUAUGAAAAUUACUUUGAAACCAUUAAACAAAUCCAUCCUCCAAGACAUUAUAAAGCACCUUAUUCAAGUGCUUUUGAAGCUUUGUUGAACAGAGCUCCAUUGGAAGAAAGAGAUAGAUUUGAAAAAUCGGAAGCUGCUGAACAAAAAUUAACAGCCCGCAUUGAAAAAUAG